AUGGAGGUACAGAACCAGACCCGGGUCACCAAGUUCAUUCUGGUGGGGUUCCCUGGGACCUGGGGCAUGCGUGCCGCAAUCUUUCUCAUGUUCCUUGUGGCUUAUGUGCUGACUGUGACGGAAAAUGUGGUCAUCAUUUUUUUGGUGCAGCAGAACCGGCCCUUGCACAAGCCUAUGUACUUCUUCCUGGCCAACCUGUCCUUCCUGGAGACAUGGUACAUCUCUGUGACUGUGCCCAAGCUGCUGCUCAGCUUCUGGUCUGUGAGCAACAGCAUCCCCUUCACCCACUGCAUGGUCCAGCUUUACUUCUUCAUCGCACUCAUGUGCACGGAGUGUGUGCUCCUGGCUGCCAUGGCCUAUGAUCGUUAUGUGGCCAUCUGCCGCCCUCUCCACUACCCCACUGUGAUGAGUCAUGGGCUCUGUGCCCGUCUGGCUCUUGGGUCCUGGGCCAUUGGCUUUGGCAUCUCCCUAGCAAAAAUCUACUUCAUUUCCCGCCUCAGUUUCUGUGGCCCCAACGUCAUCAAUCACUUCUUCUGUGACAUCUCUCCUGUGCUCAACCUCUCCUGCACGGACAUGUCCACAGCUGAGCUGGUGGACUUUGUCCUGGCCCUGGUCAUCUUCCUGUUCCCACUCGCCAUCACUGUCCUGUCCUAUGGGAGCAUUCUCACCACUGUUGUACGCAUGCCCACAGGGAAGCAGAAAGCCUUCUCCACGUGUGCCUCCCACCUUGUGGUGGUCACCAUCUUCUACUCAGCCACGAUCUUCAUGUACGCCCGACCCCGAGCCAUCCACGCCUUCAACAUGAACAAAGUCAUUUCCAUCUUCUAUGCCAUUGUCACCCCUGCACUGAACCCCUUCAUCUAUUGCCUAAGAAACCGGGAGGUCAAGGAGGCGCUGAAGAAGCUGGUCUACUGCCAGGCUGCCCACUCUGACUAG